AUGAAAGCUCUUGUCUUCUGUUGUGUUCUGUUAGCAUUUUGCUUCGAACAGCAUACAAUGGAGCUUGACCGAUGUGGAAACGCAGAAUGCGAAGACCUAAUUAUAACUACCGCUGAUGGAGUGGAGUUCGAAUCCUGCCCAGAAAUUAAGCUAGGAUUUAAUUGUUCUGAAAGGGCACAAUUUGCCAUGACUGUGGAUAAGUAUAAGUGGGAUAAUACGGCAUGCGAAAAACUAGGCGUCGAGUGGAAAUAUGCCGUCGACUUCGAAGACGAUGAGAGAUUUUUACAUGUGCUCCAAGUUGCAACAAAAGAUUCUUGGAUCGGUCUUAAAAAGAUGGAUGCUAACACAUGGGCACACAGCGUGUGGUUAGACGGUACACCUUAUAAUAACACAUGGAAUAGAUGGGACGAAGGAGAAGACGAUGUGGAUACUAACUGCCUUGCACUAGAUGCAGAAGAAUGGCUUACAGAUAAUUGUACAACCGAACAACCUGUCCUCUGUCAGAAAGUCUUUCCGUGUGACAAUCCAAGCCCUCUGGAUGAUAAUGCUAAUGUAACUGACCUAGGCUCAGUAGAAACCUAUUAUUACAGUGUUGCAUACACAUGUGACACAGGGUUCUUCAUAGGUGGCAAUGCAAGCAUUCCGAGCGAGACUAUACGAUGCAAGAAUAAUGUCUGGGAUGACCAUACUCCUUGUGAAUAUCCACAAUGUAGUAAUCCACCGAGUGAUAUACAUGCGAAUCUGUCAGUGAGCUCUACGUUAUUGAACAUUAGCACCAUAGCAACAUAUGUGUGUCACGAUGGGUAUUCGAUCGGAGGCGGGCUGAAUCGAGAUUAUUCUGAAAACAUGACCUGCUUAGUCGGUGGACAAUGGAGUAUCACGCAUGUGCAUUGCAAGAAAAAGUCAUGUGGAGCGCCAGAGGAGUACAAUGGCGCAAACGUUACAUACUCUGGGACAUUAUACAAGGAUGUAGCUCAGUACGUAUGCCGCGAUGGUUUUGAAAGAAAUAAUAGUAUUUACAUAGUUGAAUGUUUGUCUAAUACAUCUUGGAGUUACGCUCCUAAAUGUGAAGCUAUUGACUGUGGUAUUGCUCCUGUUUAUUCCAACACACAUAUCAUUUAUGAAAAUGGAACAAAGCUUGAAAAUACCAUACGAUAUGGAUGUGAUUUUGGUUAUGAGAUGGAGCCGUCCAUCGGAGAAACACAGGGUAAUAUUACAUGCCAGGCCACUGGAAAAUGGACAAGUCUUCACACAAUGUGUCAACGAAAAAACUGUGGAAAUCCUAUUAAUGACCCUAACGCAGUGACAGUAGUCAAUGGUACCUUAUAUAAAGACAUCGUGAGAUAUAAUUGUAACAUUGGGUAUGUCCAAUCAGAUUACCCCAGUAUGGACAUUCGAAAUGUUAGUUGCCUUGGCAACGGGACAUGGGAGUAUCAUGCGUUAUGUAAACCUGUCGAUUGUGGCGAUCCACCGAUCGAUUCGAACGCAGCCAUUAACAUAUCUGGCACCUUGUUUAAUGAUUUUACGCAAUAUAAAUGUAACAGUGGAUAUGUUCUGUCAGACAUUACUCAUUUAAAAGCUCACAAUGUUAGUUGCCUUGGCAACGGGACAUGGGAGUACCAUGCGUUAUGUAAACCUGUCGAUUGUGGCGAUCCACCAAUCGAUUCGAACGCAGUCAUUAACAUAUCUGGCACCUUGUUUAAUGAUUUUGCGCAAUAUAAAUGUAACAGUGGAUAUGUUCUGUCAGACAUUACUCAUUUAAAAGCUCACAAUGUUAGUUGCCUUAGCAACGGGGCAUGGGAGUACCAUGCGUUGUGUACACCUUGUGGCGAUCGAGGCCAAUGGCAUGGGAUCGACACCUGUGUCCAAUUCACGCCUGUGCCUAGCUGUUCAUGCGGCAAUCUUGAAGAAGAUCCAAAUGCAAUUCCCGUGGAUCCAAAUAUUCAAGUCUAUAAGUGUAGUAGUUUUGCGACACUACGAUGUAAAGAUGGUUAUCACAUAGACGGCCGUAGUGAAAACAGUAUAUACGAGUAUGUUCAUUGUUUGCAAAAUGGAACCUGGUCAUCGAGAUCAUAUUGUAUUAGUGUAAAUAUUGAAAAAUGGGUUCGGGCGAAAAAGGUUGAGUUCAUCCCAGAAGAAGCGGCAGGAGCAACUUUAAUCGGGUCGUUUGGCUUGUGCAUCACCAUAACUUCAAUAUCAAUAGUCUUUAUAUCAGACCUCAGGAAAUUGUAUUUUCAAUUCAAAAAUAGAAUGUCGCAGAAUUUGUGUUUCGACAUAUUAAAACAAUCAAGAACUAGAUAA